AUACCCAUACAAUGCAAUCGGUAACCAUAUUCAUAGAUUGAAUGUUUCGGCGUUAUUUGUUCCCAGAAUUUAACAAGUCGAGCCAACAGAAAAACGUUCAUAUUUUGCAAGUCCAAUAAGGAUUGUAUCAAUUUGUUUGUGGCAGAAAAAUACAAGGAUUUCUAAACAAAAAGCUGGUGGAUACAAAAGAUCCAGUUCCCGAGGACAAUGAUGCAGAUAUGUGGAGAGUGCUGUAUUCAAAAUUGAACAGAUUAAUGGAUGAAUCGAGCCAAUUAAAAGAAAUUAUAAUGGAUUUAAGGCAAAGUCAAAAUCAACAAAUAAAUGAAAUGCAAAAUAUGUUGCAGAACGCUAUCGCCUCCAAUUGUCAACCAAAAUAUCUGGAAAUGAGGAGUCCACAAACACCCGAAUACAAUAGACCUCAAGCACCCGAUUACUAUAGGCCUCAAGCAGCUGAUUACAAUAGACCUCAAGCACCCGAUUACAAUAGACCUCAAGCACCCGAUUAUAAUAGACCUCAAGCACCCGAUUACAAUAGACCUCAAGCACCCGAUUAUAAUAGGCCUCAAACGCCAGAACAUAAUAGACAUCCAACCCCAGAACAUAAUAGUUCUCAUACACCGGAACAUAAUAGGCGUCAUACACCCGAACACAAUAAACGAGAAUGGACUAUAAUCUUGAGGCGUAUGGAUGGUUCUGUUGAUUUUCAACGCAACUGGACUGAUUACAAGCAUGGAUUUGGUAAUCCCGACGGUGAAUUCUUUAUAGGUCUGGAAAAAUUACACACUAUGACCACCUAUGAUGGCCCCCAAGAACUUUUAAUUACGUUGGGAGAUUGGGAGAAUGAAAGACGUUAUGCCAAAUAUGACCUAUUCGAAAUUGGAAGUGAAGCUGAGCAGUAUGCCAUGAAAGAAUUGGGUGAAUAUAGUGGAGAUGCUGGCGAUGCCCUUCAUUACCAUAGAGGUAUGAAAUUCUCUACACUGGACAACUCAAAUUCGGGACAUUGCCCCCAGAACUAUGGUGGUGGUUGGUGGUUUAAUGAAUGCGAAGAUAGCAAUUUGAAUUCGGCCUACCGAAAACCGGGAGAAUUGGUGGAUCUACAAAAGGUACUUUGGAGCACAUGGAAGGGUUGGGAUUAUUCCCUGAAAUUUGCUGAAAUGAAAAUACGUUCCAAGGGGUGAUUAAUACAUGAAUUAAUAUAAAUAUGUACAAUUUAUUCUUAAAACACUAAAUGUUGGCAGCUUUUACCAAUUUAUGAAGGAAAAGAUUACAAAUAAAAAACCACA